AUGGCGGGCUUCCACGGGCGACAGGGCUUCCACCGCCGCCACGCCCACAGACAGUGGGGUCCCCCGCCGUCUCCUCCCCACUACGGCGGCUUCUCUGGUUACGCUCUCCCUCCCCCGUAUCUCUCCCCCAUUUACCAGCCGGGAUGGAGCUAUGGCCCCCCCCAGCCCAUGCCUCCCGCUCCUUCUCCUCCUCCGAGUACUCCUCGUCUGGGGACCGAGAUCGUCACCCUCCUUCUGCGGACGCAGAUCGAAUACUACUUCAGGUACCCCUCUCUCCGUCUCUGUACCGAUUUCGAUGAUCGCCGAUCUUGCGCCUGGAUCCAUUAACGACGGACUGGAAUCUGCGCAGCGAGGACAAUCUGGCGAGAAACGUCCACCUGAAGAUGCAGAUGGACGAGGAAGGCUGGGUGAGCGUGCAUACCAUCGCCAGCUUUCCGAGGGUAAGCGACUGUCAUUCCGACUGCUACCGCCGAUUUCUCUCCCCUUGGAUCUCCGUGGGGGGUUGAACCAAGGCAUUUCCUCGCAGGUGAAACGGCUGACGAACGACGUGGUGCUCAUACUGCGGUCGCUGCAGCCUUCUCCCACCGUGGAGGUGGAGGUGAUGGUGAGUCUUCCGACCCUGGAUCUGGAAACCUGAUCAAACCUGUGGAUUUUUUGUCUAGUUCGGCUGAUGUGUGCGUCGAUCUUGACUUCGCAGGAUGGCAAAAUGAGGAGGAGGGGGACGUGGAAAAAGUGGCUGAUUCGAAGGUAGAAGGAGCCUCCUGUCGAGCAGGGUACCGGACACCAGUGGAAGCUCAUUUUAAUUCUACCUCCGCCUCUCUCUCUGUCUCUCUGUCUGUCUUUACCGGGGCUACGUAUCGUCUCCCACCUCCUCUGUAACCUGUAAGGCCUUUUUCGCCUGUAAACCGGCCGGCGGCGCCAGGAUGGCGAGGUUCUUGAAUAGGUUAGAACCACAAGAGAACUCAUGUAGAGGGUUUUUAUGAAAUUACUGUAACGGAAUUGCCAUGCAGGGCGAGAAAGGACCCAACCCCGUAGGAUAAAAAAUGGGCCGAGUAAAUCGGGCCGAAGUGAAUAGGUGGGUGGGUUCUGUCCGGCAGGAUCGGUAAAGGAUCUGUAUGCCUUCCAUCGAGCCUCUCUUGUACCUCCACAGUGGACCGUUCGGCAGAUUGAUGCAGGCUCUUGGUAAGGGGUCGUCGGUACUGUGGGCACACCCCGCCUGAAAGCUCAGCAGAUCCUCUUCUCACUUGUUUCAACGCGUGCACUUUUCUCGAUUUAGUUGUAUGGAAUUUCGAAUUAAAAAUACCCUCUACAAGCGUGCAAAAUUUGGGGGCCACACCUGGAAAACUACUAAACUUCGUGAGCCACAUUACUUUUCACCGCAUGAACCAUCUCUUGGUUACAGGACCUGGAUUUUACCAACAAGCUCAGGAAAGGUGAUCGGUCGAACCAAUGCCAAAGCAAUUUUCAGUGGAGCUAAAUAAAUCCCAAUCUAAUGGCCCCAUUUAAUUGAGUAACAAGAUGCAAAGCACAAGGAGAGAGAGAGAGAGAGAGAGAGGGAGAGAGAGGGAGAAGGAGAGAGACAGAGAGAAGAACAACUAAGAUCAGCUCAAUUAUUCAGAGAUGUGGAAUAUGAAUCACAGAUUCCCAUUAAUCAUAACAUAGUUCAGCAGAGGAGGUGGGGAGAUCGAGACCACUCAAGUUUGAUAUGUUCUCCCUCUCUCUCUCGCCCUGGGAACCCUAGACCUUAUGUAAGGUAAAGGACAGAGACAUGGGGAGUCAGGGGUUUUAUUUUGUCUGAAAUAAGGUGAAGCAGCAACGCCUUUGGAACCACUCCACAUCUGAAAUAAGGACUCCUAUUAAAAAUGUACCUCUUUCUCUCACUUUUUUUCUCUCUCUCUCUCACCUCCCUCCCCUUCCUCUUUCACAUCGGAAGCCCUCGACGUUUCUCCAUUUCUUGAUUUACAGCAACCAGUAAAAUGUGACAGUGUACUAGAACCGUCCUCCAUGAAGAAUUGUCAUCAGUCCUCUUUGAGUGAAUACAUGUUCUUGGCAUUUUCAUCUCUAUCUUCUUCUCCUUCUUCGUUCUUCUUAUGGAAAGCAAUUGGCUAUUUUUCCCUCAUUCCUGUAACUAGAAGCAACGUGUCACAUUCCUGAGAAUGGCUCGUUUUCUAAAACGGGCAUCGAUCAGUCCAUUCUUCUCCCUUUUUGUGUACAUUAUAUCAUCAUGGAAGAUGCAGCUUUGGUGUGGGUGACUUGGCUUUGUUCUUUCUGAGAGGGAGAAGGCAAUGUAGUGUUCAUGUGGACUUGUGCACGACAAUAGAUUUAUUUACUUGUAUCCUCUAAUCCAGCAACCGUUUUCCACGUUAUACUACUUGAGAAGCUGCUACAGAUCGUGAGGAAUUUUCCUGGUGAUGAAUUCACUCUUCGACGGAAGUUCACAAUCGACUUGGAGUUCUUAGAUUUGAAGGUACCCUGUAAAUUUACCGGUCACCCUGUGCCAUUUUUUUCUCUGCAAGUUUCUUUUCUUAAAGAUAUGCAAUGUGUCCAAUUUUUUUGAACAAAGUACGUAUUAUUCUUGGCCCAUUAGAAAUGUUGUCGAUGAUGAAUUUCGUUGACAAUCCAACUGGUAAGGAGGAAGUUCAGUAGGUUUGAAAAUUUGUGAAGAUCCAUAUGAUCCUUUUUCAUACAUGCUCGCCCCAAUGAUGUUUGCUCCAAUUUCAAUCUAAUUUAUAGAUAUAUAUAUAUUCAUAGAACUUCUCUCGGUGUUUAGGAUUGAAAUAUGAUCAUCAAUCGCUAAUCGGGUUCUGCUCCUCUUUUCUUUCUUCUUCUUUCCGUAAAACCAAGGUAGAGAGGCAUCUUCAAUUUGGCACUUUGAGCAAUUGAUGCAGUCUCUAGUGACAAAGUCCACACACUUGUGCCUCUCUCACAUGAUGGAAGAGGAUAUCCAGUCAAACAUCAACAUGAACAUGGCCAGCAGCAAGUUGUGUGCACACAAGGCCCUCUUGAUGGUGAGCUCACCUAUCUUGAAUUUUUUUAAAAAAUUGAAUGAAAUAAAAAUCAUGGGUUGCCUCCCAUGCAUCAUUGAAUUUAAUCUCUUCAGCUGGCCAACACUUAGAUCAUAUAAGAUGAUCUAUGACCAUCAAUAUAUAUUUUUAUCCCAAGGUAAGUUUCAUGAUAUUUUUUUUAGAUUUAGUAUAAAUUCGUCUGCUUUAUAUAAAUAUACCUUGACAUACCUUCUGGAAAAAAAUAAAAUAAAAUAAAUUCUCAAAAAUAAUAUUUUCAUUUUGAAAAGAACCUCUCCUCAUUUUUAUCCUAUUUUGUAAGGCUCUCAUUCAAUAGUAAAUACUUUCUAUUAAUACACUAUAAAAUGUGAUCCGGUCAUGUAAUUUUCAAAUUAGCACUUACUCAAUCUAAAAAUUUUUCAUCUAAAAUGAUAUUUUUAAUUCUUCCACUCACCUAUUUCUUAAUGUAUUCUUUUAUCUGCAUAAUAUUUCCUCGCUCUAUUUUAUCUUCUCAACAUAUUCGUUCAAUUUGUGAGGAGUGAAAUAUUUCAAGCUUAAACAUAAUUCUAAUGGGCUGUGGGUUUUGAAGGAUGAAAGAAUUGUCUUCUUUAAUUUGAGAUCUAAUGAAUUCAUUAAAAUUCAAAUUUUUUUGCCUAUUAGUUGAAUCAUAUUCAUUAUUGUCUUUUUUACCAUUAGUUGAAUCAAUUCUUUUUCUAGUUUUUCGUUUCUUAACUAAUCAAAUUCUUCAUCUUUCCAAGAGUUGUCUACUAACUUCAGUAUAUGAUAUGCAUCAUCAUCCUCACUAUCAACUUCCAUGGUUGUAAAAUUCUAAUUAGAUUUAUUAAUUUCGUCUCUUACAUCUCUCAAAUCAAUUGAUGUUUCUUCACUUGAAACAUAUUUUUUUCUCAUUUUUGUCCUUACUCUCUUCUACUAAAAUUUAGAUGAUUUUUCCAUGAUCAACUAUUGUUUCUUCAUCUAAGGACUCUUUCUCCUCAUCAUCCUUACUAUAUUCAUUCAUCAAUUGUGAGUAAUAAAUAAUUUUAUUCAAGUUUUCUGUUACUAUAUUUUCAGUCUUAAUAUUCUCAUUUACUUCUAAUGGCUCAUCUAUUUCUUCUAAUAAUUAAGAAUAUAGAUCAGGUAAAAUAUUCUCACUUAAUGUAUUUAUUAUCCUAAUAUUUUUAUUUUGUGAGUUUUUUUUAAAUUUGUUUAGCUAGACUCCCUUACUGAAAUCUUACUAUUAGAUAGUUUCCUGAAUUUUUUGUGAGUUGACUAGGUGAUUGUCCCUCUUCUCUCUUAUUCUUAAAAGCCUCUAUAAAUUGUUUUUGCUGCAACAUCAUUUGUUUCAUUGUUUGCUAAAUCAUUUGGCUCAUUUGCUGCAUCAUAUCUGUAAAAUCAAGUUGGAUUUUAGAAGACUGAUUUUUCUGAAAUCUAUGUUCUUGUUUUGGACAAAAUUCAGAAUUUAUAUUGAGUCUAAGUGCUUCUGAAUUUUGAAUAUUAUUUAGAUCUCUCUACAAAAAAAUAUUCCUUCAAUUAAGAUUAUAAGAAUUAGAAAAAUAUUCUCUAUUUUUACUAAAAUCAUGGGGUACUUGCACUUGCUCUUACCUAGGCUGAAAUGAGUGAUCAAAAUUAUAACAUUGAAAUUCGAAAUGGUCAUUUUCAUUAUACAUAGGACAUGUACUAUAUGCAUUAAAUUGAAGGUUAUGAGGCUUUUUAAUAUUGUCAAUAAGUAAAUCAAGUUUUCCUAAUCUAUAAUUAAUCUGAUUAACCUCAUUUUUUAAAUUAGUAUCAUCAUCAUGAUGUAAUUCAUAAAUUCUUCUUUCCUUAUCCCGUCAUAUAACUCAAAAAAGGCUUGAUUUCUAGAAUUUUUACUUAAAUUCUCAUAAAUUCUAUAAAUCUCAUCAAGGGUUUUCUCCAAAAAAGCUCUUCCACAUAUAGAGUCAACCAUAUUUCUAUGUUGUUCUAAUAAUUUAUCAUAAAAAAUUCUAUUAAUGUGCCACUUUGGUAUAGCAUGAUGAGAAUAGUUUGAGUAAAUUUAUAAUUUUUUUUGAUAUUAGAUGUAAAGAUUUUUUGACUUUUGAGCAAAACUUCAUUUAUGUUUUCUCAUAUUUUGAGUUUUUUCUAAGGAAGAAAAUUUUCAAAGAAAAGGUUUGUUCUGUCUUUCUAACUAGUUAAUUCUCUAUCUAAUGUGGAUAACCAAUAACUAGUAUUGUCCUUUAAGCUAUGAGGAAAUAAUUUUAUCUUAAUAACUUUUGGUGUAACUUGAAAGAGAUUAACUAAAUCACAGACUAUGUAAUUUUUUUUAAAAUGUUGAUGGGGUUUUUCUAAAGGUAAUCCAUGAAAAUUAGAGAGCAUUUGGAAACUUUUUGAAUUUAUUUUGAAUUUAACAAUGGUUGCUCAUGAGACUUUAAUAUUGGAUGCUCAUUGAUAUGAAUCAGGGAUGUUAUAAUUUUUUAUGGCCAUGGGAUUAUUAUUAGUUUGACUUGUACUUCUUUCAGGAUCUAUCAAAAUUAAUUUUUCUUUCAAAUUUUUAGUUUUGAACGAAAUAGUGAAAUGAUUUUCUAACCUUAGAUACAAGGAUCUUCUACAAUACAUAAAUAUCAAUAAAUUACAAAAAAAAUAAUAAUUGUUACCCUCCUUCAGUAUGCUCUAGUCUUUGCCUUGCUGCUCUUCAUUCUUUUAAAAAAAAAAAUUAUAAAAAAAGAAAAUAAAACAAGAGUUAAUAUUUUUGUGUACUCUAAGAAAAAAUAAAAAAAACUAAAUAUUAUGUAAUACAUUGGCGUGACUUAGUCGUUGUAUAGUAAAUUAUGCAAAUUUAAAAUUUAUAAAACUAGAAAAUAGAAAUUUUUAGAUAUUUAGAAGUAUUUCUAAACAAAUAUAUUAAUUAUAAUUCAAUAAAACUUUCAAAAUAGUGAUAAUUUUCCAAGUCGAUUACAAGGAUGUAAUAUAAUAUAUGGUAAUUAUUUAAAAUUUUGCUCAAAGAAUACUAUUUUCUAUGAAUUUUAUACUAGCAAAUGAAAAAAAUAUAUUUAAAAUUCACAAAAAAGGGAAAUAAGGGUGCAGACAUCAAGAUGACAUCAGCGCCCAGCGAAAGCAAAUUAAGGUGAAAAUAAAGUUCCGCUCGGUGAUUCUUAUGUAAGCGAUUACAAACAAUUUAAUUGAUCAAAUUAAGAUCUAUAAAAGCCAAAAGAAUCGUAAUGAAAUAAAGUAUAUCUUGGUAAAUUUAAAAUCAACAAAUUAUCACUAAAUGAAACAGAAAUUAAGUUGAAAGUAGGAAAACAGAGUUCUGAUGUCGCGGUGGCGAUGCAUCGGUGAUGCACCAGAAUUUUGAGCAUUUGGGAGGAUAGUCGUGCAGAGUCUACGGCCUCAAAGGCUCUCCUUGGAUAACGACGAUGUGGGCAAUCUCUAGAUCUCUUUGCAAAGUCUAGAGAUUAAUGAAAUGAGUCAUUAAAUCAUCUCCAACAGCUGUCACCCGGUAGAGCGGAAAAAUGACGACUUUGUGGCUCUCUGGCGGCUGUCACCCGACGGAGAGGAGCUGGAUGGAGGUGGGGCACGUGUUAGAGAGCUUCAUCCUCAGGUCCACAUAGCAAGAGGAAGCUCUUCAUCGCAUCUGAUACGCUCUCUGGAGGUGGUGACUCAUCUGCUGACGGAUUGUCCUCUUCCGGACGAUGGCUUGUUCGUCGAUCAAUCAGAGAUGCUUUACUUGAUGGAUUCACGAUCCUUUUUUCACAAAUCGUUCAACAAUUUUAGUAACAAUGCUCCACGAAUUGUGUUGACAAAAUUUUUGCCGAUGAUCCAGCGAUUCUGGUUGCUUAAUCUUUCACCGAUGGCCGGUUGCCCACCCUUUUUGUAGAAGGUGAUGCAGGUUUAGUCCCACAUCACUUGUGCGCCAAAUUAUCGGGCGAAUAUAUAGUAAUGUUAUAUUUCAAAGUAAGUUCCUUCUGUCGCGUGUACGACCACUCUUUGCCCCACAACCGGCUGGCCACUAGUGACGUGGAAGGGGAGUGGUGCACACAUGCCUCUAUCGAUCCAAGCUGCUUGAGCCCCUACUCGUGGCUACUCCCGGACUGCACUUUUGA